GGUCAAAGCUUUUCCGUUACCAAAUUGACAAUAAAAAUGCAGAAUGGAUUAUGACUUCAAAAGACAAAAAGCUGCUGAAAGACAAAAAGUUGAAGAUUUAUUUGACUUUGAAGGAUGUAAAGUUGGAAGAGGGACAUAUGGUCAUGUAUACAAGGCCAAAAGAAAGGAUGGAUCUGAAAGCAAGGAGUAUGCCUUAAAACAGAUUGAGGGUACAGGGAUAUCUAUGUCAGCAUGUAGGGAAAUUGCUUUACUGCGGGAGUUGAAGCACCCUAACGUAAUCAGUCUACAAAAAGUCUUCCUGUCUCAUCAGGACAGAAAGGUCUGGCUCCUCUUUGAUUACGCUGAACACGACUUAUGGCAUAUCAUUAAAUUCCAUCGGUCUGCAAAGGCUAACAAAAAACAGAUUGAUGUCCCAAGGAACAUGGUAAAGUCACUAUUAUACCAAAUCCUUGAUGGAAUUCACUACCUCCAUGCUAACUGGGUGUUACACAGAGACUUGAAACCUGCCAAUAUUCUUGUUAUGGGAGAGGGUGCAGAGAGAGGCAGAGUAAAAAUAGCUGACAUGGGAUUUGCCAGACUGUUUAAUUCCCCGCUGAAGCCUCUGGCUGACCUUGACCCUGUGGUUGUGACCUUCUGGUACAGAGCUCCAGAACUUUUACUUGGUGCUAGACAUUACACUAAAGCUAUUGAUAUAUGGGCAAUAGGAUGUAUAUUUGCAGAACUUUUAACAUAUGAACCAAUAUUUCACUGUCGACAGGAAGACAUUAAAACUAGUAACCCCUAUCAUCAUGAUCAGCUGGAUCGUAUAUUUAAUGUCAUGGGUUUCCCACAAGAAAAAGAUUGGGAAGACAUAAGAAAAAUGCCUGAGCAUAAUACAUUAACCAAAGAUUUUAAAAGAUCAAACUAUUUAAACUGUACACUGGUUAAAUACAUGGAGAAACAUAAGAUAAAGGCAGAUAGCAAACAGUUUCACCUGCUACAGAAACUACUCACCAUGGACCCGACCAAGAGAAUCACCUCAGAUUACGCAAUGAAGGACCCAUACUUUACAGAGGAACCUCACCCAUCUCAAGAUAUAUUUGAGGGGAAACCAAUACCUUACCCCAAGAGGGAGUUUCUGACUGACGAAGAUGAUGAUAAAGCAGAUACCGGGGCCAGCAAGGCUACAGAUCAGUCCUCGAAUCACACACAGCCAGCCAAGCGUGUCCGUGUGAUGCCCCCCUCCACCACCAGCACUAAUUCCUCUAUGGUAACUAGUGACUACCAGGGAAACGGCUGGCAAACACGCAAGUCUAGUCACAUACACAAUGUACAGGGCGGCACUCAGCCAGGAAUGACCUUCACCUCUGGUGGUGUACAGACCUCAACAAGUUCUACAACGAAUUACGGCCCUACGUCCCGAUUCUGAAUGUCCUGGCGCUAUAGGUAUCAAAACAUAACAAGAAUACAUUCACUUUUUCUCAGCUGGUGGAGGAUUUUGGAAAACUUAUUAACGAUGAUGAAGAUUUUCUCUCCCCAAGAUAAAGGAGGAUUUUGGGAUUAGAGUGAUCAUCAAAAUUUCUCUUUACUCCAGUAUGUGUAUCCAUGUAUUAUGUCAGGGGUUUGUAACUUUCAUUUUGUAGAAUGAUAUAUAAUUUUUGAAGAUACCUAUUGUUUUAAUUACAUUGUAUGCAAAUUUGCAGAUGACAUCAUGAAGCAUUGUUAUAUUGAUUCAUGCUAUUAAUUAAGUCUAGAACUAUAAAUUAAUGUAUUAAUGAAUGUUUUGUGAUAAAUGUAACAAUCAAUUAUUUCAGGUGUUUAACAAUGAAUUUCAUUCUUAUGACAUUUGAAGAGAAAAUAAGGGCAAAUAUGUUAUGGUAAUUCAAGAUGCACAAUAAAAUAUUUUUAAUUAAAA